AUGGACUUCCUUGGCGGGCUGGUGAGCCAGUUUAGCCAACCGCCUAAAGAGAGCAGCAUGGGGGACAGACUGAGAUGCGUCACCUGCAACAGCGUCCUGCCACCCUGCAAGAGGCACGAUGACUUCCACAAACAAUACAUGCACGGGAUGGACGUCUAUGUUUACAACCGGGGACAGUACUUCAGAGAGGUGGGCGAUCACGAUGCGUACAAGUGCGAGGGGUGCUUCUACAAGCCAAUCAGAGAGGAAGAAGAACGAGAGAAAGAGGAGCAGAGGAGAAGAGAGGAGGAGAGAAGAGAGGAAGACAGGAGGAAGGAAGAGGAGAGGAGGAGAGAAGAGGAAAGGAAGAGAGAGGCCGAUCAGAAACGAUGGGAGGCAGAACUGAGACCUGCAGACCCUUCACUCAAGCCCACAGAGCGAGUGCUCCGGGUUCGAGUGGAGCUCAUCAACCGCAUCGGCGACGCGACCCUGAAAUCUCUCCUCGACGGUCUGCAGAAACCAUCAUCAGAAGGACCAGCCAUCCUCAACCCUCGGGAGAGGGACAUGGUGUUAAAGACUCAUCCACUGACCCAGGAUCAGGUGACGUGCCUGGUGGACAUGCUGAGGAACAAGGGGGAGCGCCCGUGCCUGGCCUUCAUCAUGCUCCUCCAGCAGCUGGAGUACGACCUCUGCACAGAACUGGGCUUGUGA